GCACUUGUCUCACCAGUCAGUCUAUGCCCAAACCAUGUUGGCCAAGUACUUCUUUUCAGGCCUCCUACUUCAGAUGCCCCGGAUUGAUGGCGUAGAAAGUCAAACAAUCUCAGAAUUCAUUCAACCCCACGAUGUAGAAUUCCAGUCAUUCAAUUUCAACAAUACUUUGCAUUGGAAGAUUAAGCAAACUCAUACCAGCCACAGAGCAGUCUACUUUGUACAGUACAAAAUGUAUGGGCAGAAUUGGAAGAACAAGGAGGAAUGCUGGGGCAUUCAAGAAGAUUUUUGUGACCUGACAAAUGAGACCUCUGCUGUUCGGGAUCCUUAUUAUGGGCGGGUGAAAGCUGCCUUAGCUGGUGUCUCUUCAGGCUGGUCCAUCAGCAGCCGGUUCAACCCCUGGUGGGACACAAAAGUCGGUCCUCCAUCCCAUAUCAGAGUGUCUCGCAGCAAUGGGCUCAUAUCGGUGACAUUCCAGGCUCCAAAUUCACCUUAUAAAAGUAAAAAUGGAAGCAACAUACCAAUGAGCAACUACCAUAGCCUGUCAUUCCAAGUCUAUCAAACAUCUGCGAUUCAUCACACAUUGGAAAAGAUAAGGAAGAAAGGCAGCAUUCACAGUGGUUCCAAGCAAUCAGUAUUUUUGUGGCUUCAAACAUUUCUGGAUGUCGCUACACAGUUGCAGACAGUGGAUGCAGCAGCCUGGUAGAAUGAAUUGGAUCCAAAUGAAGUGGAAGAUCAACUGGCUUAUAAAUGACAACAUUUCAUUUUUAAUCAAAUCAGUAUUAAAACACAGCAUUGAAAGGGCAAAAUGUGACCCUCUAUAGAAGGAAAAUUGCUACUGAUUGCAAAAUUACCAUUGCAAACAACUAUGAAUGGUAAUAAAGACAAGAGUUUUCCUAGUCAAUGUGUUAAAUCUGCCACAAAUACACCUUCCAGCUGUUUCCGACACUUUCUCCCCAUCUCCAGAUAAGUAAGAGGGCUUUUCUGUGCUCAGUAGCAUUUACUGAGCUCUUACUAUCCUCCUGCAGAGCAAGCACUGUACUAUAUAUUGGGGGAAAAGCAUUGGAAGGAGAGAACCCUAGUGAAGCUUGCAAUCUACAUGCUCAAAUAUUACAUUAUUAUUCAUUUAUUGAUUCAAUUCAAUCAUAUUUAUU